AUGAAGGAAGAUAAGGCUGCUUUUAAGACACCAGAAAAGAAAUCAGCACAAGGUAAAAGAAAAAGAAAUCUGAAAGACACAUGCCAACAAAAGGAUACUUUGGAAGUAUUCAAAGAAAAAAAGGCAAAAGUUCCAAUAAAUCCAAAUGAGAAAAACAAAAAAGUUGUUAGAGAUAUGGGAUUGGGAUCGUUGCUUAGAAUUGCAGCUAACGGAAUAACUGGGAAAAUGGCACGAUUUGCUGUUAACUCAUUUAAUCCAGAAGAUAUGAAGAUGCAUCUACCCAAAGGAAACAUAGAUAUAACACCAGCUCUUGUUCAUGAUUUGCUAGGAAUUCCUCUAGGUGGAAAAGAUAUGUACAACACUAAUCAAUGUGAAGGAAAAGAAUUAAUGGAUUGGAAGCAACAAUACAACUAUAAGGUUAUGAGACCAUCAGAUGUUGAAGAGACGAUUAAAGAAUCUACAAAUUUAGGGAUUAUAUUUAGAACAAUUUUCUUAUACUAUAGAAGAAACUACUAUUGUGGGCCACUUCUUAUUUUACUGCUAGCUUAUUUGCAGUUUAUGAGAAACGAUAAGAAUGAAAAAUGA